GGACGAUUUCCACCUGUUUCGCGUCGCACAGUCGCGCGGACGGCACCCUACGCGCUACCGUUGCCCGUUAUUUUCGCGCGUUUCGGUGUAAAAUCGUGCGGCGGACGUCGGACGACAGUUGUAACACACGCGCCCCCCGAGACAAUUGUGCAGGUAUGUCGUCCUGGACAAUAGUCGCGACGCUAUGCAUGGUGAGUGCACAUCAACAAUACUAUUAUAAUCGUUAAACAACGCGUUUUAGCCUAAAACAUAAACGCCAAACUCGCGUUAUAAUGUACGUGACACGUGUUAUAGGACGGUCCGUCAUUGGUGUCGGAUGGUCGUCAUCCGGUCCGAAAUGUUGAAAAAAAAAUGUCCCCAUUUUUUUUUUGGGUUUUCGUUUCAUCAUCCCUCCGUGUCACUGUUUCUACGUUGAAUUUCCAUUCGCAAUGAGAACAUAUACGGAUUCAGUGUGUUUAGACAAAUGCACGGAUUCAAUAAACUGGACCUAAACUCGCCCAGUAUUUCAAUGGGCCCUGAAAAAAUACCAUGUCACGGUAAAUUUUCGAGUGAAUAUAUGACGUUUUAAAACGAUACAAAUCGAUUUUUAUGAAAUGUUAUAAUAAAAUUAAUUUGGUUUUUUGCGGGUGCAAUACUUUUAUCUACCAUUUUUCGCCCGAUAUUCAAAUGUCUUCUUACGAGUAUGUAUAUUCGAUUUUCAGAAGAUUCCAAAAAGCUAGCACGCUGCACUCGGAACCAGUGUCGAUUUUUUAAAAAUUAAAUGAUUAAUUUAACGCAAAAAAAAAAAGAGUCAAUGAAGGGAAUAAAAUGCAAAUCUAAACAAAUUAGGGACAUAUUUUUUUAAUAUUUUUAAUAUAGAACCGAUUAAUAUCUAUCAAAACGGAAUUAAAAAUAAAAAUAAAUCUUAUAAAGACUAACCUAAUAUAUGUAUUCUAUAGAUUAUAUUGUAUAAAAAAGAAUAUGUGUCUGUUUGUCCCUUAUGCACUACUACACCAUUCGUCCGAUCGCCAUGAAACUUUUGUUCCACGUUGUACGGAGAAGGUUUAUGUAGCUAUUGAAAUCUACUCCAUACUGGACACCAUUCCCUAAAAUUCGAUAUUUCUGUAUUUUUAAUAUAAAGACCUAAUUGUUUAUGUUGAUUUACGGGUUACCUCGGUAACACGAAUGAAAAAAAAAAAACAUAGUGUAAUUCCCGUGCUGUGCGGGUAUCUACGGUAAUAACAUAUAAGUAAUUCGUUCUAUAUUAUCUUUUAUACAUAAAAUAACAUGUCCUGAAUGACCUGACUGAUUGGUUCAUCAUCGCCUAGCCCAAACUACUGGACGGAACGGGCUGAAAUUCGGCAUACACAUAGCUAUUAUGACGUUAGCAUUCGCUAAAAAAAGGGGUAAAUUAUGGGUUUUAGAUAUAUUUAGUACGAAUAUGGAAUUGUCCGUUUCAUGGGUUACCUGGGUGACACGAAUGACAGUUUAGUUGUUACGCACAAGAAAACUAUUAUUAUCAUAACUAUUAUUUACACAAUUAUCCAGCAAAAGCAAAGCGUUAUACAGCAUUAUUACAGCUAAUAGUUUGUAUUGAAAAAAAAAAAAAAAAUCCGACGACUAUUUCGUUCUAUUUCUAAUCUAUUAUAAUCGAUGAUUGAGUGCGCGUGUAUUGUUACUUUUAAAUUAUACAUAUAUUACAGCCAUCGUUGUUUUGUUUUUGUUUUUACCGUAAUCAGUUUCAAUAUUGUAUUUAUAUGCAUGGUUAUUAACAGUCAUAAAUUCGUUUGUGUACGCGACGUGUACAUAAAUCAUAAAAUACCUAUAUAUUAUUCGUUCUGAACGGCAAUAAAAAACAAAAAAAAAAAAAAGUUAAAACCCGGGGAGAUACUAACGAACAUUAUCGUCCAAUAAUAACAAUAAUUGCUCGCUCAGAUAAAUUCUAUAAUUAGAUUGCUAUUUUUUAACCAGUAGUAUACGUUACGACGACGUGAUAAAUCUUUUCUAUAUCGCUGUGUUUUCGCUCUUAAUCGACGUACGGUACAACAAAGUCCCGUUUCGUGUCGGCUCGUUCACUAUAGAAUUGGUCAUGGGCAUUAUUCAAAUAGUUCUUAAAUUUCUAAUGGGAAAAAUCCUAAAAAAAAAAGAAAAAGAAAAGAAGGCUGGUAUUCUUAAUGGGCGUAUCACUGUUUUACGAAACUUGAAAGGGCGGAUACAUAAAGUUAAUUAAUGUAUUUCUAUGAGUAACGACAAUGCAUUGCUAAAGAAAUACGAUUCCGAGCAUAAUUAGUCGUAUGUUUUACCUUGUUGCCAAGGUAACCCAGAAAUCAACAAAACAUUUUUUUCAUUUAUUAAGAUAAACUACAAGGAAGUUAAAAAAAAUAAUUACCUUAAUGCACCAACUAGAUCAAAAAUUCUACAAGAAAGUUUCUUUAAAGCUUAUAAUUGGAGUUAUAUUUCUGAUAGAAAAGUUGUUCACAGUCGGAAUAAAAGCACACAUCAUAGUAAAACCAAUAGGUCCCCCGGUAUGCUCCGAAUCUAAAAUAAAUAUCAUUGUAAAACCAAUACAUUCCUCGUUUCGCUCAGUAUAAGGAAAAAAAUCGAAAACAAUGAGACUGUUAAUGCCUUUUUCCGUUAUUUCCUGGUAUUUUACGAUUAUAAGGGAAACUGUAUACAAAAAAAAAAAAAAAAAAACCUAAAUGUCUCAUAUAGAUCCAAAAUCCUGAAUCAAAGGACUUUUGAUUGUCGUAGCAAAGUAGCAAAAGUAGCAAAAGUGUUCACAGACGAAUACAAAAUAAAACAUGAAUAAUCGCACAAACCAAUACAUUCCUCGUUUCGUUAAGAGUCUAAUAAUGAAAAAAAUAAUGAUCGUGUUUUCAGAGUUUGAACGGAUUUUGGUCGUUGAAAUAUCCCAAAGACUACGGGCCGACGUUGUUUGCAGACCGUUGCGGUACGACGGUGUUCGAUUUCAUAGUAGUGGGCGGCGGUAGCGCCGGCGCUACCGUCGCGUCCCGUCUGAGCGAAGUGCCCGAAUGGAACGUGUUGCUUUUGGAAGCGGGCGGCGAUCCGCCCGAUUACACGGAAAUCCCGUUGCUGUACAGCGAAGCAUUGAGGAGUGAUAGCGACUGGUCGUUUUUCACCGAGCCCGAACAACACUUGUUCAAAGGCUUGGAACGUGGCAGAAACCUUAUUUCCAGGGGCCUGAUGUUGGGGGGAUCGUCGUCUAUGAACGCCAUGAUGUAUUUGCGGGGUACCAGGCAGGACUUUGACACGUGGGAGCGACUUGGCAACACCGGAUGGGGAUUCAAUGACGUGUUCCCGUACUUUCUCAAGUCCGAGGAUUUCACGGGCAGCGGGAACAGGCUCGAUCCCGGGCUCCACGCGCGGGGCGGUCCACUAACUGUCAGCCCGUUCGAGUCCAUUGACCCUGCUUACCAGGUAAUCGUCGAGGCCGAGCGUCUGAUGAAUCUAACCGAGGUGGAUGAUUUGAACCGUGUCGUGCCACCAGUGAUCGGGUACGGGAAACUGGACGGCACGGUCCGACGAGGACUCAGGUGCAGUACGCUGAAAGCGUUCCUCAUACCGGCCGCCAAUAGAUCGAAUCUCUUUGUCGCGAAAAACGCGAGGGUCACUAGAGUGGUGUUCGACCAUAACAGACGGGCGGUAGGUGUAGAGUUGCUAGUGCCACCGUCUUGCGGCGGGCUUGUCACCAAUGUCGUCAAGUACGUGUACAGUAAACAAGAAGUGAUACUUUCCGCGGGGGUCAUAAUGAGCCCACAAAUUCUGAUGGUCUCGGGCGUAGGGCCUGCAGGGCACUUGCGCGAGCAUGGAAUCGAUAUCGUCGCGGAUUUACCCGUCGGAUACAAUUAUCAGGAUCACGUUUCGUUCGCGGGACUCGUCUUUAGCGAUCGGAAACACAGGCCUAAGAGCGAAAUAUCCGAAGAGAGCAGGGUAUUGAUACAGAGAACCAUGGAUUUAACGACCAGUGGUAUAGCAACGCUGGGCCUCACGAACCUCGUGACGUUCAUUAAGACCCGAAAGGACGCGAUGUAUCCCGACCUGCAGAUAGUGAAGGUACGGUUUUCGUACAACACGACGCGGAAGACGACGAAUAAAAGGAGCAGAAUGUCCAAUCUGUUCGGGUAUUCGGAUCGGGUGGCGAGAUUGUACGACGAACUGAACACCUUGAGCGACACGAUUCUCAUGAUACCGAUAAACGUGAACGACCGGAGUACCGGACGGGUCGUGUUGCGGUCGUCCGACCCGAAGGCGUACCCGAAGAUCCACGCCAAUUACCUGUCGUACGCCGACGAGGUCGAAACACUGCUCCGGGGCAUAGAAUUCGUGGUGGAAUUGUCGAAAACGGAACCUAUGGUCAGCGCCGGUCUGGUCCUGGAACAGGUCAGGUAUCCGGAUUGCGCAAACUACGCGUGGGGUACCCGGGAGUAUUGGUUGUGCGCCAUCGAGAAUGUAGCCGCGUCCUUCUAUCACCCGGUGGGCACGUGCAAAAUGGGACCCGCCGACGAUUACAGGACGGUGGUGGACACCGCGUUGCGGGUGAAAGGCGUCCGCGGGUUAAGAGUUAUCGACAGUUCGAUAAUGCCGAAAGUCGUAUCGGUCAACACGAACGCAGCGACCAUAAUGAUAGCCGAAAAGGGAUCCGACAUUAUAAAACAACAUUACGGCAAGCUCGUGUGAUCGGCUCGUGGAUCGUGACCUGCACGCUUUGCCGACGGGCAGCGUUUCGAUGGUCUCGAAUGUCUCGCCCUAUUGCCAAAAACUCAAAAGUAUCCCUCCUACACUGCAUUUUCCGGAGUGAUAGCGACAUUUUCGAAUUCCGUCCAAUCGUUCAAUUUGCCUUCUACUAUAUUAUAUGUAUAGAUUUUCAAGUACAUUGUAAAUCGUAUAGUAAUUGUAUUCAAUAAUUAUUUUUUCGAUCUGUCUGUUUAAUAAUGAAAAAAAACACCGCGAAGUGUUUUAAUGCAUAAUAGUAUAUGGUAUACUUUACUUUACAAUGUUAAAUAAUGUUUUUCCGUCGAC